AGAAGCAAACUGGGAAAGAAGGCUGGUGGCAGGGGAGCCCGUGUUUCCAAACGGCUUUGUCCAGAGGACACGGAUGUCCUUGUCCUCGGGUCCAGGGAUGCCCUCUGCUUCUUUAUUAGUUAAUCUUCUUUCAGCAUUACUCAUCAGUUUUGUGUUUGGAGAAACAGAAGUAAGAUUUGCUGGACAAACAGAAUUCCUUGUUAAUGAAACAGCUACAACAGUCAUACGGCUUGUGAUUGAAAGAAUAGGAGAGCCAGCCAACAUCACUGCAAUUGUAUCGCUUUACGGAGAAGAUACAGGUGACUUUGUUGACACAUAUGCUGCAGCUUUUAUACCUGCUUCAGAAACCAGUAGGACUGUGUAUAUAGCAGUCUGUGAUGAUGACAUUCCAGAGCCUGAUGAAACAUUCAUCUUUUACUUAACAUUACAGAAACCAUCAUCAAAGAUAAAGCUUGGUUGGCCAAGGUCUGUUACUGUGACCAUAUUAUCAAAUGACAAUGCCUUUGGAGUUAUUUCAUUCGAUAUGCCUUCCUUAAUCACAGUGAAUGAGCCCAGGGGCAGGAAUGAAUCUGUACCUCUCAUUCUAAUCAGAGAAAAAGGAACGUACGGGAUUGUAACUGUGAGUUUUGAGGUAGAGGGUGGUCCAAACCCACCUGAAGAAGAUUUAAGUCCAGUUAAGGGAAAUAUCACCUUCCCUCCUGGUAGAGCAAUAGUGGUUUAUAACUUGACAGUACUGGAUGAUGAGAUACCAGAAAAUGAUGAACUGUUUUUGGUUCAGCUGAAAAGCGUAGAAGGAGGGGCUGAGAUCAACACUACAAGAAAUUUGAUUGAGGUUGUUAUUCGGAAAAAUGACAGUCCAAUACGCUUUACCCAGAGUAGUUAUUUGGUGCCUGAGGAAGCAGACAUACUAAAAAUUCCAGUGGUUCGUGGAAAGAAUGAGAGCGGAUAUUUGAUUGGAUCUGAUGAAUAUCAAGUUUCAAUCAAUUAUGCUGUUGUGACUGGGAAUUCAACAGCCCACGCAGAGCAGAAUGUAGACUUUAUUGAUCUUCAGCCAAACAUGACUAUUAUUUUUCCACCUUUUGUUUAUGAAUCCUAUUUGAAAUUUCAAAUCAUUGAUGAUGCCAUACCAGAGAUUGCCGAAUCUUUUCUUAUUGUGCUACUUAAGGACACUUUACAGGGAGAUGCGGUGUUAUUAAGCCCUUCCGUGGUUCAAGUCACCAUUAAGGCAAAUGACAAACCUUAUGGAGUGCUAUCUUUCAAUAGUGUCUUGUUUGAACAGACAGUUAUCAUUGAUGAAGACCGAAUCUCAAGGUUUGAAGAAAUCACAGUGGUGAGGAAUGGUGGAACUCAUGGGGACAUUUCAGUGAGUUGGGUCAUGACACGGAACAGCAGCGAUCCUUCUCCAGUAACAGCAGACAUCAUGCCAAGUUCAGGUGUUCUGCAUUUUGCUCAAGGGCAGAUGAUUGCCUCCAUUCCUCUAACUAUUGUUAAUGAUGAUCUCCCUGAAGAGGCAGAAGCUUAUCUACUUCAAAUUCUACCUCAUACAAUACAAGGAGGUGCAGAAGUGAGUGAGCCAGCAGAGCUUUUGUUCUAUAUCCAGGACAGUGAUGAUGUUUAUGGUUUAAUAAAAUUUUAUCCUUUGGAAGACCAGAAGAUUGAAAGCAGCCCAGGUGAAAGAUUCCUAUCCUUGAAUUUUGCAAGACAAGGAGGAACUAAAGGCGAUGUCAAGGUGUUUUUUUCCACAUUUUAUAUUCCUUCUGGACCUGUGGACCCUUUGCGAGCAAAAGAUGGCAUCUUAAAUGUAUCUAGGAGAAAUAGUCUCAUCUUUCCAGAGCACAAAGCUCAAGUCGCUAUGAAAUUACCCAUAAGAAAUGAUGCAUUCCUUCAAAAUGGAGCCCAUUUCCUAGUGCAGUUGGAAACUGUGGAGCUAGUGAAUAUAAUUCCUCCAAUCCCGCCUCUGAGUCCUAGAUUUGGUGACAUCCGAAACAUUUCUCUAAGAGUAACUCCAGAUAUUGCAAAUGGAGAAAUUGGCUUUAUCAGCAAUCUUCCAAUUAUUCUUCAUGAGCCAGAAGAUUCCCAUGCUGAAGUGGUUUCUAUUCCCUUACAUCGAGAUGGAACUGAUGGCCAGGCCAUUGUCUUUUGGAGUUUGAAGCCCUCUGGGUUUAAUUCAAAAUCAGUGACACUAGAUGACAUAGGCCCUUUUAAUGGUUCUGUUGUAUUUUUAUCUGGGCAAAGUGAUACAAUGAUUAACAUUACUGUCAAAGCAGAUGAUAUACCGGAAAUGAAUGAAACAGUAACACUAUCUCUGGACAGGGUCAGUGUGGAAAAUCAUGUUCUGAAAUCUGGGUAUACUAGCCGUGAUUUAGUCAUUUUGGAAAAUGAUGAUCCUGGAGGAGUGUUUGAAUUUUCUUCUGCUUCCAGAGGACCCCAUAUUAUAAAUGAAGGAGAAUCUGUUGAGCUCCACAUUAUCCGCUCUAGGGGAGCCCUUGUCAAACAGUUUCUUCACUAUAGAGUAGAGCCAAGAGACAGCAAUCAAUUCUAUGGCAAUACGGGAGUUCUCGAAUUUAAGCCUGGUGAAAGGGAGAUUGUAAUUACUCUGCUAUCAAGAUUAGAUGGAAUUCCAGAGUUGGAUGAGCACUACUCUGUGAUCCUCAGCAGCCAUGGUGAGCGGGAGAGCAAGCUGGGAAGUGUCACCAUGGUCAACAUCACUAUUCUGAAAAAUGAUGAUCCUCAUGGGAUUAUAGAAUUUGUUUCUGAUGGACUAAUUGUCACAAUAAAUGAAAGCAAAGGGGAAGAUGUAUUUUCUGCUGUUUAUGAAAUAAUAAGAAAACGAGGCAACUUUGGCAAUGUUAGUGUAUCUUGGGUGAUUAGUCCAAACUCUACAGAAGAUGUGUUCCCUGUCCAAGAGACCAUAUUCUUUGGAGAUCAAGAAUUUUCCAAAAAUAUCACCAUUUAUUCACUACCAGAUGAGAUACCUGAAGAAAUGGAAGUAUUCACAAUCACCAUUUUUAAUGCUACUGGUGGAGCCAAAGUGGGAAAUAUAACCACUGCAACCCUGCAGAUCAGAAGAAAUGAUGAUCCAAUUUAUUUUGCAGAACCUCGUGUGGUGUGGAUUAAAGAAGGUGGAGUUGCUAACUUUACAGUUCUCAGAAAUGGCUCUCUUGAUGUUGCCUGCACUGUCCAAUAUGCUACCAGGGAUGGAAGAGCAACUGCAGAAGAAGGAGACUUUGUUUCUAUUGAAAAGGGAGAAACACUCUUUUUUGAAAUUGGGAGAAGAGAACAGAGUAUAUCCAUAUUUGUUAAUGAAGAUGACAUUCCUGAAACAGAUGAGUCCUUUUAUGUCAUCCUCUUUAAUUCAACAGGUGAUACUGUAGUAUAUAAAUACGGAAUAGCCACUGUUAUUAUUGAAGCUAAUGAUGAUCCCAAUGGUAUUUUUUCUUUGGAGCCUGUGGACAAAGCAGUUGAAGAAGGAAAAACCAAUGUAUUUUGGAUUUUGAGGCACAGAGGACAUUUUGGCAAUGUUUCAUUGAUGUGGCAGUUGUUUGAGAAUGAUUCUGCCCUACAGCCUGGACAAGAGUUCUAUGAAACUUCAGGGACAGUUAUGUUCAUGGAUGGAGAAAUAUCCAAACCAAUAAUGCUCCAUGCUAUUCCAGAUAAAAUUCCUGAGUUCAAUGAAUUUUAUAUUUUAAAGCUCGUGAACAUUUCAGGUGGAUCCCCAGGUCCUGGUGGACAGCUAGCAGAAACCAACCUCCAUGUCACAGUAAUGAUUCCAUUCAAUGAUGACCCCUUUGGAGUUUUUGUCUUGGACCCAGAUUGCCAUGAACGGGAAGUAGCAGAAGACGUCCUUUCAGAAGAUGAUAUGUCCUAUAUUACCAACUUCACUGUUUUGAGGCAACAAGGCACCUUUGGAGAUGUACGAGUAGGCUGGGAAAUACUGUCCAGUGAGUUCACUGCUGGAUUACCUCCAAUGAUAGAUAUUUUAUUGAUUGGAUUUUUUCCCAACUCAGUGCAAUCACAGCCACAUAAGAGACGCCAUCACAGUGGAACAGAUGCUUUAUACUUCAGUGGAAUGGAGGAUGCAUUUGGGACCAUUAGUUCAAAGUACCACCCCCCAAGGAAUAACACAAUUGCUAAUUUUACAUUUUCAGCAUGGGUGAUCCCUAAUGCCAACACAAAUGGAUUUAUAGUAGAAAAGGAUGAUGGCAAUGGAACCUUGUACUAUGGGGUGAGAAUUCAAACAAACGAUUCCUAUGUAACACUUAUGCUUCAUUACACUACCCUGGGUUCCAAUGUUACUUAUGUUGCCAAAACAACAGCCAUGAAAUACUUGGAAGAAAACAUUUGGCUUCAUCUUCUGAUUAUCCUGGACGAUAGCAUCAUUGAAUUCUACCUUGAUGGAAAUCCAAUGCCCCGAGGAUUAAAGAGCUUGAAAGGUGAAGCAAUAGCUGAUGGUCCUGGGAUAAUGAGAGUUGGUGCAGGGAUGAAUGGCAAUGACAGGUUUACAGGAUUGAUGCAAGAUGUGAGGUUGUAUGAACGAAAAUUGACCCCAGAAGAAAUCUAUGAACUUCAUGCUACUCCAGCAAAGAGUGAUUUGCACCCUAUUUCUGGGUACCUCGAGUACAGACAAGGGGAAACCAAUAAAUCAUUCAUCGUUUCUGCAAAAGAUGACAAUGAAGAAGAAGGGGAAGAAUUAUUUAUACUUAAGCUAGUUUCUGUACGUGGUGGAGCUCGUAUUUCCCAAGAAAACAUCACAGCAAGAUUAACAAUACAAAAAAGUGACAACGCCAAUGGAUUAUUUGGCUUCACAGGAUCCUGUAUACCAGAGAUAGCAGAGGAGGGGUCCACCAUUUCCUGUGUCAUUGAGAGAACCCGGGGAGCCCUGGAUUAUGUGCAUGUUUUUUACACCAUCUCACAGAUCGAUUCCACCAGCAUUAAUUAUAUUGUUGAUGAUUUUGCUAAUGCCAGUGGAACUAUCACAUUUCUCCCUUGGCAGAGAUCAGAGGUCUUGAAUCUCUAUGUUAUCGAUGAUGAUAUCCCAGAGCUUAAUGAGUAUUUCCGGGUGACACUGGUCUCUGCAAUUCCUGGAGAUGGGAAAAUAGGUUCAACUCCAACUAGCGGAGCAAGCAUAGAUACUGAAAAGGAAACGACAGAUAUCACCAUCAAAGCCAGUGACCAUCCAUAUGGUUUAUUUCAGUUCUCUGUGGGAAUGCCUCCUCAGCCUGAUGAUAAGAUGACUUUGCCUACAACUAGUAUCCCACAUAUGACUGUGAAGGAGGAAGAUGGAGAAGUUAAAUUGUUGGUAGUUCGUGCACAGGGUCUUCUGGGAAGGGUGAUGGUGGAAUAUAGAACAGUUUCACUGACAGCAUUUAGUCCUGAUGAUUAUCAGGAUACCUCAGGCACCUUAGAAUUUCAGCCAGGGGAGAGAUACAAAUACAUUACUGUUAACAUCACAGAUAAUUCUAUUCCUGAAUUGGAGAAAUCUUUUAAAGUUGAAUUGUUAAACUCAGAGGGAGGAGUUGCUGAACUCUUUAGGAUUGAUGGGAGUGGUAGUGGUGAUGGGGACGAGGAGUUCUUCCUUCCAACUAUCCACAAGCGUGCCAGUUUAGGAAUAGCUUCCCAAAUUAUAGUAACCAUUGAGGCUUCGGAUGAUGCUCAUGGUGUAUUUGAAUUCAGCCCAGAGUCAUUACAUGUCAGUGGAACCGAACCUGAAGAUGGAUGGAGCUCAGUUACAUUAAAGGUUGUGAGAAGCCAUGGGGCUUUGUCCCGAGUAACUUUGCAUUGGAACAUUCCCUCUGAUGUUUUUGGAGACCUUGCCUUCACUUCUGGCAACAUCACUUUUGAGAUGGGACAGAUGAGUGCCAAUAUAACUGUGGAAAUACUGCCUGAUGACAUUCCUGAGCUGGAUAAAACAUUUUCCAUUUUAAUCAUAAAUGUUUCCAACGGCUGCCUGGGAGUCCAUACAAAUGCUACAUUAACAGUUUUGGCCAGUGAUGACCCGUAUGGAAUAUUCAUCUUUUCUGAGGAAAACAGACCAAUCCAAGUUGAAGAAGCAAGUCAGAAUGUUACUCUCACAAUCAUACGAUUAAAAGGUCUUCUAGGAACAGUCAUGGUUACCUAUGCAACAAUGGAUGAUAUGGAGAAGCCACCUUUUUUUCCAUCUAAUUUAGCCAGAGCAACUCAAGGAAGAGACUACAUACCUGUUUCUGGUUUCACUAUUUUUAGAGCUAACAUGAGUGAGGCAACAGUUAUUAUUCCUAUUUUGGAUGAUGAUGAACCAGAAAGGUCAGAAUCUGUGUUUAUUGAGCUGGUCAACGUUACAUUAAUAGAGAGAGUACAGGAUCGACCAAUUCCAAAUUCUCCACGUCUAGGAUCCAAGGUAGACACCAUUGCUCAUUUAAUUAUCCUUGCCAAUGAUGAUGCAUUUGGAACCCUGCAGCUCUCGGCGCCAAUUGUUCGAGUUGCAGAAAAUCAUGUUGGACCAAUUAUCAAUGUGACAAGAACAGGAGGAGUUUUUGCAGAUGUUUCUGUGAAGUUCAAAGCUGUGCCAAUUACUGCAAUAGCUGGUGAAGACUACAGUAUAGCCUCAUCAGAUGUGGUCUUGCUAGAAGGUGAAACCAGUAAAGCUGUGCCAAUAUAUAUCAUUGAUGAUAUAUACCCUGAGCUGGAAGAAUCUUUUCUAGUACAGCUGCUGAAUGAAACAACUGGAGGAGCCAAACUUGGGGCAUUAACAGAGGCAAUCAUCAUUAUUGAGGCCUCUGAUGAUCCUUAUGGAUUAUUUGUUUUUCAGACUACUAAACUUAUAGUAGAGGAGCCUGAGGUCAAUUCUGUGAAGGUAAACCUGCCAAUAAUUCGCAAUUCUGGGACACUCGGCAAUGUCACUGUUCAAUGGGUUGCCACCAUUAAUGGAGAACUUGCCACUGGCGACCUGCGAGUUGUCUCAGGUAAUGUGACCUUUGCCCCUGGGGAAACCAUUCAAACCUUGUUGUUAGAGGUCCUGGCUGACGACGUUCCGGAAAUUGAAGAGGUUAUUCAAGUGCAACUAACUCAUGCCUCUGGUGGAGGUACAAUUGGGUUAGACCGAGUGGCAAAUAUUAUUGUACCUGCCAAUGAUAAUCCUUAUGGUACAGUAGCCUUUUCUCAAUCCGUUUACCGUGUCCAGGAGCCUCUUGAGAAAAGCUCUUGUGUCAACAUAACUGUCAGAAGAAGUGGAGGGCGAUUUGGCCAGCUGCUGCUCUAUUAUAGCACUUCAGAUAUUGAUGUUGUGGCUCUUGCAAUGGAGGAGGGUCAAGAUGUCCUGUCCUUUUAUGAAUUGCCAGCUCAAAGAUUUCCAGAUCAGCUUGGAAGAACUUGGGUGAAUGUCUCUGCAACUGUGGAUCCUCAGCACACAUGUGCUACUCUGUGCCUUAAAGAACCAGCAUGUUUAGCCUUUUCCAUUUCUGUUUCUUCUGAGGUUCCCCAGUGUUUUUGGAUCACUACAUGGACUAGCCCCAUUGGCAACAGCUCAGAAUUUUGUACUUACAGGAAAAACAUGACAAGGGUAGCUGCCCUUUUUAGCCGACAGGCUGUGGCUGGGAGUGAUUAUGAGCCCGUGAUAAGGCAAUGGACUAUAAUGUUGGAGGGUGAUGAAUUUGCAAACCUCACAGUUUCUAUCCUUCCUGAUGAUCUCCCAGAGAUGGAUGAGAGUUUCACUAUUUCUCUUCUGGAGGUUGAACUGAUGAACAUCUCAGCCAGCCCCCAAAACCAACCAACCAUUGGACAGCCAAAUACCUCUACAGUUGUCAUAAUGUUGAAUGGUGAUGCCUUUGGGGUAUUCAAAAUCUACAGUAUCAGCCCUAAUACAUCAGAGGAUGGCCAGUAUGUGGAAGUUCAAGAGCAGCCCCAAACCAUGGUACACCUGUCGAUUGAGAGAAUAGGGGGCAGCUUAGGCCAGGUCACAGUGGAGUGGCGUGUUGUUGGUGGAACAGCGAUUGAAGGUGUAGACUUUAUAGGUGAAGGAGAGAUUCUGACAUUUGUUGAAGGUGAAACCAAAAAGACUGUGACUUUGAUCAUUUUAGAUGAUUCUGAGCCUGAGGAUGAUGAAAACAUUAUAGUCAGUUUGGUUUACACUGAAGGUGGGAGUCGUAUUUUGCCCAGUUCUGACACUGUUACAGUGAACAUUUUGGCCAAUGACCAUGUUGCAGGAAUUGUUAGCUUUCACACAGGCUCCAGGUCUGUUAUUGGUCAUGAAGGAGAAAAUUUGGAAUUCCAUGUUGUAAGAACACCCCCUGGUCAAGGAAAUGUUACUGUUAACUGGAAAAUUAUUGGUCAACAUCUUGGGCAUAAUUUUGCUAACUCCAGUGGAGAAAUCUUCUUUCUUCAGGGAUCACUGAACCAAACAUUUUUGGUGCAUUUAUUGGAUGAUGAUAUUCCUGAGGAAAAGGAAGAAUACCAAGUGAUUUUGUACAAUGUCAGAACACAAGGUGUCUCUUCAACUGGAGUGGCUAUAAUUGACAGCCAAGGAUAUGAAGCUGUGCUGACAGUGGAAGCAAGUGAUGAACCACAUGGAGUUUUGAAUUUUGCUCCUUCCUCAAGAUUUGUUUUGGUCCAGGAAGCAAACAUAACCAUCCAACUUUUCAUCAACAGAGAAUUUGGAUCCUUAGGUAUUAUUAAUGUCACCUAUGCUACAGUUCCUGGGAUGCUUAGUCUAAAGAAUCAGACAGAUGGAAAUUUAGCAGAACCUGGAGUUGAUUUUAUACCAGUAGUUGGUUUUCUGAUAUUAAAGGAAGGGGAAACAUCAGCUGCUAUCAAUAUUACUAUCCUAGAGGAUGAUAUACCCGAACUAGAAGAAUACUUUCUGGUCAAUUUAACAUCAGUUGAACUUAUCAUGGCUCCUCUGACUUCGUUUCCUCCUAGACUAGAUUCAGAAGGCUUAACGGCACAGAUUAUUAUUGAUGCUAAUGAUGGAGCCAGAGGAAAGAUUGAAUGGCACAAUACCAGGUUUGAAGUGCAUGAAUCACAAGAAAAUUUAACAUUGGUGGCAUACAGAAGUGGAAGGUCACUUGGCCAUGUGUCCUUGUUUGUGUAUGCACAGAAUUUGGAGGCACAACUAGGGAUGGAUUAUAACUUUACUCCAAUGAUUGUUCAUUUUGCUGAUGGAGAAAGGCUUAAAAAUGUCAAGAUCACAAUUCUUGAUGAUGAAAUUCCUGAAGGAGAUGAGAAUUUUCUGGUGAUUUUAACUAAUCCCUCUCCAGGACUUGAGCUGGGGGAAAAUAUAACAGCUUUAAUUACUAUACUUGCCAAUGAUGAUGGCCCUGGAGUUUUGUCAUUUAACAAUAGUGAACACUUUUUUCCUGAGAGAACAAUAGCCCCUCUAUAUCCAGGAAGUGUUGCAGUGUUAUACAUUGUUCGAGAGCCUGCCCAAGGACUGUUUGGAACAGUGACUGUUCAAUUUAUUGUAACUGAAGUAAAUUCUUCAAAACUGUCUGAAGAUCUGACCCCUUCGAAAGGAUCUAUGCUCCACAUAUCUGCCAUAUUAGAUGCAGAACCAGAGAUGGAUGAAACAUUUUGUUUGCACUUGUUCAACGCAACUGGAGGAGCAAGACUAGGAACACCUAUUCAAACUCUCAUAACUGUUUUGCAGAACCAAGCUCCACUGGGUCUGUUCAGUAUUUGGCAUGUUGAAAACAGGAGCAACAGCUAUACCAUUGAAGAAACCAACAGGACCAUUUAUUUAAAUGUGUCCCGGAGUAAUGGGCUUAACUUAACUGUGAGUGUGGAGUGGGAGACGGUGUCUGAAACUGCUUUUGGCAUGAGGGGAAUGAACAAUGUUCUAUCUGUCUUUCAAAGUUUCGAUUCAGCCUCUAGCUGGUGCUUCUUUACAUUAGGAGAAUCAGUAUAUGGUAUAAUGUUAAGAAUAUCUUCCCAACAGUUUUCUUCUCUCUACCGAUGGCAAGGAAUUUUUAACCCAGUUGAGGAUAUUAAUAUACAAAAUCCUAAAAGCUGUGAGACGUUUUAUAUCAAUGCUUCCCCCUAUGUUGUGAUUACUCAUGGAGAAAAAGAUGGAGAGAAACCUUCUAAGAACAGUGUAUAUACCAUAACAUCUGAGGUCAAAUUAUUCCUGGAACAGACCAUUGUAGUUCCAGAAAGUAGUCAAGUAAAACAUUUUUCUUCAACCAAUCAACAUUUUUUGAUUGUUUCAAGUCAGAGGAAUGAUUCUGAGUUGACUCAGGUCUUCAGAUGGGUUAGUGGAAGCUUCGUGCCGCAUCAAAAACUUCCCGUUCAUGGAGUGCUGAGCAUGACCUUGUUUCCCAGAGGAGGAUCCAUGUUCCUAGCUGUCUCCCCAUCUGACCCUGGACUAAAUUCCAUUUUGUUCAGAUGGUCAGGCAAUGAGUUUAGUCACUUUCAAGAAGUGUCCAUCAUUGGGACAGUGCAUGUGGAGGCUUUGACUUCAGGCGAUGACAUCUACUUAAUUUUUGCCAAAGGAACAUUUCUAGGAGACAAGAGUUCAACUGACAUUUUCAUCUGGGAGACUGGACAAUCUUCUUUAAGAUACUUUCAAUCCUUAGAUUUUGGUGCUGUAAACAGGAUCCACUCCUUCACACCUACCUCAGGGAUAGGCCACAUACUCCUUGUUGGCAAAGUUGAAUCCGCUCUCUACUGCUGGAGUUCAGAGUUGAAUCAAUUCUCUUUUGUUUUGGGAGCACCUUCUGCUGAUGAUGCAGCUUCUGUUACUGUGAGGUCACUGAAUUCAAGCAAAAAUCUCCUUGUUUUAGCAGGAGUCCUUCACUCACAGAUCUAUGAGCUGUCCUAUAUCUCAUACCAAUCUGAUUUUAUUCCCAGUUCAGGUGAAUUGAUAUUCACACCUGGAACCAAGGAAGCUAUAAUUGCCAUCAAUAUUCUUGAUGAUAUAAUACCAGAGGAAGAAGAAUCCUUCAGAGUUCAGCUUAAAAAUCCCAAAGGAGGGGCAGAGAUUGGUAUUAAUAAUUAUGUGAAAAUAGUUAUUCCAUCUAAUGAUGAUGCCUAUGGAAUCAUUGCAUUUGCUCAGCCCCUUAACAAAUUCCUGGAAUAUAAAUUCAUAUAUAAACAAGUGGAAGAAAUGGAACAGGAUAACCUGAUAACCUUAAAUGUUGAACGUUUAAAAGGAACAUAUGGUCGGAUAACAGUAGAAUGGGUAGCUACUGGAAGUAUUAGUGACAUAUUUCCACAUCAGGAGUUGAUUUCAUUUUCUGAAGGCCAGGCACUGUUGACCAUCACUCUGUCAGUUCUUGCUGAUGACAUCCCAGAAUUAUCUGAGAUGUUGUUUAUAACACUAAUCCAUGUCACCACAGAAGGGAUUCAAGACCCCAUAAGAGGAGCUACCAUUGAUCCCAGAAGGAACAAGGCUGUAAUUACUACACUCCCAAAUGACUGUCCAUAUGGUGUGGUUGUGCAUGCUGAUUCUCUCUUUGUUACAGUAUUAGAGCCCGAAGAUAGCCACUAUAGUUCAUUUAACUAAUUUAUUCGAGAGCAAGGUUUACUUGGGGACAUUGCCGUUCACUUGGUAGCUGUACCCAAUUUGUCACGUCAUCCUGAUAAUCAAGCUACUGAGAAUGAGGAUUAUAUGCUGCAAGAAAACAUUAUGAUAAUCCAAGAAAAUGCAGCGAUUGUGUAUGCUAAAGUCAUCAUUCUUCGGUGAGAUGAUGUUCCAGAGUUAGAAGAAGGCUUUAUUAUCAAUAUUACUGAUGUCAACCUAGUGAACUCAGACUUCUCUGGAGGGCAACCAAGUAUAAAGAGACCUGGGGUAGAAAUAGCUGAGAUAGUGAUAGCAGUAAAUGAUGAUCCAAGAGGAGUGUUUCAAUUCAGCAUUGACAGGGAUAUGAAUGGAGUUAUUAUUGUCCAUGAAGUACCACCGCCAUUGAAUGUGCUUAAGCUGACAGUUGUUCGACUUGGCAGGAAGCUUUGGAUCAUAAAUGUUUAUUGGAAAGUAAUACCUGACAGUGCGGACCUAGAAGACUUUAUGCCGUCACAUGGAAUUCUCACAUUUGAGGAUGGACAAUUGACAGCAGUACUGGAAAUUUCCAUAAUUGAUGAUACCAAAGUUGAGUCUUUGGAAACUUUCACCUAUUCCUUAAUAAGUGUGACUGAAGGUGCCAGGCUUGGUGCUGAUACUGAAGUGACCCUUGGUAUUCCACCAAAUGAUUCUCUUGGAGUGUUUGGAUUUGAAGAAAGGACUGUAACAGUUUCUGAAGCCCUAUCAGCUGAUGAUCCUUCCUCAUAUGUAACAUUGACAGUUACCCGGAAAGGAGGAAAAGGAGCAGUCCAACUUUUAUGGGUUCUGGAGGAAGCAGCACGAGAUGAUUUAAGUCCUUUGAAUGGAACAAUUCAUUUGAGGAGGUAUAGUAGGAAUAGUCCUCCUGGACCAAGAUCUAUUGAAAGUAUUGAACAGUUUCAUGUACUCAUUAAAUGUAAGAAUGAGUCUCAGAAGACUAUUGUUUUACAUGCACUUCAAGAUACUUUUUUGGAAGGUGAUAAGAGCUUCAUCAUUCAGUUGCUCUCCCUUGAUGAUGCAGAAAUAUCACCAGUAAAUGGUAAAGCAGCAAUUGUCAUACAGGGAGAAAAAGGUGCAUCUGGAGAGGUUGGGAUAGCCCCAUCAUCUAGAAAUGUCAUUGGGGAGCCCUCAGCAAAAUAUAAUGGCACUGCUCUAAUUAGCCUUGUUCGUGGCCCAGGAACUUUUGGAGAAAUCACAAUAUACUGGAGUAUAUUCCCCCCUCUUGCAGAGGAAUUUGCAGAAACAUCGGGAAAAUUAACCAUGCGAGAUGGACAGUCUGCGGCCACUUGUGUCCUACAGGCUUUAGAUGAUAGCAUUCCUGAGGAAAAGUGUUUCUAUGAGUUUCAGCUCACUGGAAUCAGUGGAGGAGGAAGUUUAAGUGAGUCUAGUAGAACAGCCAACAUCACAAUGGUUGCUAGUGACUUUCCAUAUGGCUGGUUCAUUUUGUCAUCUAAAUUCCUACAAGUGUCAGAAGGUCAAAAGGUUAACGUCACAGUUAUUCGAUUGGGUGGACAUGUGGGCCAAGUGAAACUCUGGUAUGAGACUGUAAGUGGAACCGCAGAAGCAGGCGUAGAUUUUAUUCCUGCAGUAGGGGAAUUUCUCUUUGAACCAAAGGAGAAGGCUAAAAGUAUCCAUAUUGAAAUUGUUGAUGAUGACCUUCCUGAAGGUCCUGAGGAAUUUUCUCUUGUAAUUACAAAAGUGGAGCUACAAGGAAGAGGGUAGAUUUACUGUAGAGAAAAUGGACUUCAGGUAGAUCAACCUCCAGAAAUUGGAAAUGUCUCUACAGUUCAUAUAAUAAUGAAAAAUGACAAUGCAGAAGGAAUGAUUGAAUUUGAUCCAAGGUAUUCUGCUUUUUACAUGGAAGAAGACAUUGGGUUGAUCAUGAUUCCAGUCGUGAGACUGCAUGGGACAUAUGGCAAUGUGACAGCUGGUUUUGUCUCCCAAAGCAUUUCUGCCCUGCCUGGUGUGGAUUACAAUGUUCAUGGUAACUCAGUCAUCUUUUGCCAUGGACAGAACCUAAGUUUUAUAAAUGUCUCUAUCAUAGAUGACAAUGAAAGUGAAUUUGAGGAGCAGUUUGAUCUGCUGAUGGAAGCUACUGGAGGAGCAGUGCUUGGGCGCCACUAGUGAGGCCGAAUCACUAUUGCGCUAGAGUGAUGCCCCUAUGGACUUGUGCGAUUUCUCAACCAAAGCCAAAUUACUAUUGAACCCAAUUCUACCCUGAUUUUGUCCUUGGUGCUGCAGAGGACUGGAGCUUUAGGAGAGAUUAAGAUUAAUUGGGACAUAUUAGGACCAAAUUCACAAGAAGUUUUACCACCACUGAACAGUGACAUUGAUGAACCUGUGAGUGGAACCUUCUCUUUUGGUGACGGAGAAGGUGGAUCGAGGACCAUAACUCUGACCAUCUUGCCUCAUGAAGACAUUGAAGUCCAAGAAAUAUUUAUUGUUGAGCUUCACAUUGUGAAAGGGGAAGCUGAAUUAGACCAAAGUGCUAGAAGUGUCUCCCUAGUAAUACAAAAGUUUGGUGAUCCAAAUGGAAUUGUUCAAUUUGCUCCUGAAUCAUUAUCCAAGAAGAAUUAUAUAGAACCAUCAACUUUGGGACCACUUAGUAUUAUAUUUUUUGUCAAACGAGUGCAAGGGGUUACAGGGAAUAUUACGGUAUUAUGGGAACUAAGCAGUGAGUUUGAUAUCACUGGUGAUUUCCUUACCACGAAGGGAUUUUUCACGAUUGCUGAUGGGGACUGAAGCAACUUUUUUAUUCAGCUGCUUCCAGAUGAUGUUCCUGAAAUAGAUGAGGAUUAUGUAAUACAGCUGGAUUCUGUGGAUGGAGGAGCAGAACUGGAUAAGGAAAAAAGCUUAGCAAGCUUCUCUGUUGCUGCAAAUGAUGACCCUCAUGGAGUGUUUGCCUUGUAUGCCCACUGGCAGUCUGUAGUGGUUGAGCAAAGCCUCAGUAGAUAUAUCCAUAAUGUAACUCGGCUUGCUGGAGCAUUUGGAGAUGUAGCUGUGGGGUACCAAAUAUUGCCCAACUCUCAAGACCAGGCAAUUGUGACUGAAAGAACAGAGGGGCAUCUGAUAAGGAAAGAUGGUACCAAUUAUAAAGAGGACAACGUGCCAAUAAAUUAUCAGGUAUAUCUAUUCCUGGGCUUGAAUUUCACUCUGGAACUGUUAAAUGUAAACCAUGUUGGUGGACAGUUCUAUGGAAUGCCAAAAAUACUCGAAGAGGCAAAGUCAACUCUUAUUGCUAUCCCUGAAGAAGCUGCCAAUUCUGAGGUUGGGUUUGAUUCUACUGCCUUUCAACUUACCAACAUCAAUAGUGGCACAAGUUUGGCUAUUAUAUCCAGGAGAGGUACCUAUGGUUCUUUAACUGUUACUUGGAACUCUGGUUAUCCCUCUGAUUUAGAAAUUCCAGAGUUUGUUAACAUAGGCGACGUUACACCAAAAUUUGGCAUUCUUACAUUUUCUCAUAGUGAGAAAAGUAAAGAAGUUUCAUUAUCCACUAUUCCUAGACCUGGCCGACCAGAGGCAUUUAUUAUUCAUUUAUCAGUAGUGCUAAGUGGUACACCUGGAGGAGCUCGACUAAGACCAGGAUUUACUGUGGCUGAAAUCGAGCCAAUGGGAAUCUUUCAAUUUUCCCUCAUCUCAAGAGAUGUCAUAAUAUCAGAAGAUGCACAAGUGGUCAGAUUGAAUGUACAGAGAUUAUUUGGUUUCCAUGGUGACUUGACUAAAGUGACCUAUCAAACUACAGCAGGAAGUGCAAAACCUCUGGAAGAUUUUGGACCUGUUCAAAAUGGAGAACUGAUAUUUAAAAAAUUACAGACUGCUAUUGAUUUUGAAAUCACUAUCAUUGACAAUCAACUUCCUGAGAUGGCAAAAGUUUUUUAUGUCAAUCUGACAUCUGUAGAAAUUAAAGGUUUACAACAGCUUGAUGCUAAUUGGAAACCACGCUUAAAUCCAGAUUUCAGUGUUGCAGUUAUUACUAUAUUGGACAAUGAUGGCCCAAGUGUGAUUGAUGUUUCUAUACCUCUAACAACUACUGCUUUUCCCAAGGCUACUGAUGUUGUAUCUCACACAGUUGUCACUCCCCCUGAAACCAUGAAGACUACUGCCAUUCCCCAGACAACUGAAAUUGUUACCUUUGUUCCUGAAACAACUGGCAUUGUUGUGCCUGAGAAACCUGAUAUGGUCACUGUAACUGAUAUUUCCAUCAAAGGAAUAUUUAGUCUUGGGCCACCUAUCAUUUAUGUUGAAGAAGAUAUGAAGGAUGACACACUUGCUACUGUAGAAAUUCUUGUCCGGAGGACAAGUGGAUUCACUGGUAAUGUCAGCAUAGCUGUUAAAACCUAUGGGGGAAUAAGUGCACAGAGAGAAAUCGGUGAAUUUCCUUUUCAAGAUGCCUAUGGAAUUUCUAACCUUACAUGGGCCAAUGAAGGAGAAGAUUUUAUAGAGCAUUCUUUCAUUCUUACAUUUCUUGAUGGAGAAAAAGAAAAUAAAGUAUAUGUUCAAAUCUUGGAUGAUGAUAAGCCAGAAGGACAAGAAUUCUUUUAUGUUUUUCUCACCAACCCUCAAGGUGGAGCCCAGAUUAUAAAAGGAAGGGAUGACAUUGGAUUUGCUGCUUUUGCAACCAUCAUUAUUAAAGGGAAUGAUCUUCAGAAUGGUAUUGUAGGAUUCACUGAGGAUUCACAAAGUGGACUGAAUCUGGAUGAAAACUCUGAUAAAAGAAAUGUUUACCUCACUGUCAUAAGGCAACCAAACAGGGUUUUUGAGGAUGUCAAGAUCUUUUGGCGAGUCACAUUGAACAAAACAGCUGUUGUACUUGAGAGAGCAGGAGUAGACUUACGUGACAUACUGUUGUCUGUAUCAGGAACUACAGUUUGUGUGGCAGGCCAGGUGAAGUGCCUAAUCUCCAUUGAGCUCCGACCUGAUAAGAAAUCUCAGUUUGAAAUGUAUUUUUUUGUGGAGCUCUAUGAAGCAAGCAUGGGAGCAGCAAUAAACAGCACUGCCAGAUUUGCCCAGAUAAAAAUACUGAAAAGUGAUGGACCUCAUAGCCUCAUCUAUUUUUCAGUGGGGUCUAGGCUUGCAGUAGCUAAUAAGAAGGCCACUUUAAUCAGUUUGCAGGUGGCUCGAGAUUUUAAUACAGCACUAAUGGUGUGUGUUAACUUCAGUACACAGGAGCUGAGGAUUGCUGAAACAGUGGGCCGCACUCUCGUAUCUCCGGCUAUUUCAGGGAAAGAUUUUGUCAAGUCUCAAGGCACCUUGAUUUUUGAACCUGGACAGAGAAAUGCUGUUUUAGAUGUCAUCCUAACCCCAGAGACAGAAUCUUUAAAUCCAUAUCCUAAGCGUUUCCAGGUUGUACUUUCUGACCCACUGGGUGGGGCCAGAAUAGACAAAGUGUAUGGCACUGCCAAUGUAACGAUUGUGUCUGAUACUGAUUCUCAGUCCUUUUGGGGCCUAGCUGAUCAGCUACACCAGCCACUGGAUGAAGAGAUUUUGGUCAGAGUGCUCCACAACCUAAAUCUCAAAGUAGCCACUGAAAAUACAGAUGAACAACUUAGUGCUGUCAUGCAUCUAAUAGAUAAGAUAACAGUUGAAGGCAAAAAACAAGUUUUCACUGUUAGAAGCAGAAAUCUUUUUUAUGACAUCCUUUGUACUCUAAUUAACCCACGACGUAAGGACACUAGGGGCUUCAGCCAUUUUGCAGAAGUGACUGAGAAGUUUGCCUUUUCUCUUCUGACUGAUGUUACCUGUGGAUCUCCUGGUGAAAGAAGCAAAACUAUCCUUGACACAUGUCCAUAUUUGUCGAUUGCCCUUCACUGGUAUCCACAGCAAAUCAAUGGACAUAAGUUUGAAGGAAAGGAGGGGGAUUAUAUCCAAGUUCCUGAACGAUUACUGGAUGUCCCAGAUGCAAGUUUUAUGGCUGGUGAAAAGAAAUGCAAAUUAGUACAGUUUACAGAAUAUAGCAGCCAACAGUGGUUUAUAACUUGGUAACAAUGUUCUGGCCCUAAACAACAAGGUUUAUCUUUGAGUGUGAAGGUCAGAGUUCAUAAUCCACUGACAGGCAACAACGAGGUCCUUUACCGGAUUUAUGCUACAGAGCACCGUGUUCCCCAGAAAUCCUUGUGUCUCCUUGGGAAUCAGGCUGCUGCAAGCUGGUUGUCCGAUAGUCAGUUUUGCAAAGUGGUCGAUGUCACUUCAAACUAUGUGGAAUGUGCCUGUUCACACAUGUCGACAUACGCCGUCUAUGCCCAGACAGAUAGCUUGUCUACAUACAAUGAGGCCUUUUCUUCUGGAUUUAUUUGCAUCUCAGGUCUCUGCCUGGCCAUUCUUUCCCAUAUCUUCUGUGCCAGGUGUUCUAUGUUUGCUGCGAAGCUUCUGACUCACAUGAUGGCAGCCUCUUUAGGUACUCAGAUUGCAUUUCUGGCUUCUGCAUAUGCAAGCCAGCAACUGACAGAGGAGAGCUGCUCAGCACUGGCUGCUAUCUUGCAUUACCUCUAUCUUUGCCAAUUUAACUGGAUGCUUGUUCAGUCUGUGAACUUCUGGUAUGUCCUGGUCAUGAACGAUGAGCACACAGAGCGACGCUAUCUCCUGUUUUUCAUUCUGAGUUGGGGGCUUCCAGCUUUUGUGGUGAUUUUACUCCUGAUCGUCCUACGUGGAAUCUAUCACCAGAGCAUAUCACAGAUCUAUGGCCUUAUCCAUGGUGACCUAUGUUUUAUCCCAAAUGUCUAUGCAGCUCUCUUCACUGCUGCUCUCAUUCCCUUGAUGUGUCUCGUGGUAGUGUUUGUGGUCUUUAUCCAUGCCUACCAAGUGAAGCCUCAGUGGAAAGCCUAUGAUGAUAUCUUCAGAGGAAGAACAAAUGCUGCAGAAAUCCCACUGGUUUUAUACCUUGCUCUGAUUUCCAUCACAUGUCUUUGAGGACUGCACAUGGCUUAUAGAUACCUCUGGAUGUUGGUCCUCGUCAUUUUUAACAGCCUGCAGGGCCUUUAUGUCUUUGUGGUGUAUUUCAUUCUACACAACCAGAUGUGCUGCCCAAUGAAAGCCAGCUACACUGUGGAAAUGAAUGGGCACCCAGGACCGGGUUCUGCUUUUUUCACAACUGGCAGUGGCAUGCCUCCUGCAGGGGGUGAGAUCAGCAAAUCCACCCAGAAUCUCAUCAGUGCUAUGGAAGAGGUGCCAGCAGACUGGGAGAGGACAUCCCUCCAUCAAGUGAGUCAAGCGAGCCCGGACUUUAAGCCUAGUGCUCAGGAUGGUGCUUCGUUCCCUACUUCUGGAGACUAUGGCCAGGGGUCUCUGAUAGCUGAUGAAGAGUCACAGGAGUUUGAUGAUCUAAUUUUUGCUCUAAAAACAGGUGCCGGCCUCAGUGCCAGUGACAAUGAGUCUGGCCAAGGCAGUCAGGAAGGAGGCACGAUGACAGACUCCCAGAUUGUGGAGCUGAGAAGAAUACCCAUUGCUGACACUCACCUCUAGCUCCUUUUGUCAGAUUGGAAUUUUGAUAUUUUUAUAUUUGUUGUACAACCUUUUGUUCUGAAUCUCUCCCCACAUGUGCCACCAGGCAAUGGGGAACUGGAAGUUGUCCCUAGACGGUGAGCCCAGAAAGGGCUGUGCCUGAUAAAUAGUAGAUUUUGGCAGAAUUCCCCCUAAAUCACCUGUUUUGGUGAAAGAUUUACAAGAGUUAGUAGGAUGCACUUAUUCCGUAAAGUAUAGAUUAAGUUUUUUUAAUUGACCUGAAUGUCUAACAGUGUUUAAUGAAGAUAAUAAUAAUAAUAAUUAAUAAAAGUA